ACUAUGCUAAACGCGCACUUUGUUUGUUUGCCGCAGAAUAAGUUCGCAUCGUGCCUCCUCGGCGGAGCCGCCCAUCGCGUUACACAAGCGAUCCACAGCACCGUGCAGCGUUUUAAAGCGGUGGUUUAAAGUACCGAUAAGGCUUCCGUUUCAAGCCGAAUUGAAAUGGAUAAUCGCGUUUAGAGGUCUGUUCGUGAGGAACCCCCCGCUGGGGGAGGAGUGUGGGCAAUCUGCCAGACAGAAUGGAGCCCAAAAAAGGAAAUCAUACUAGCGCUUAAACCGGAUCACCUCCUCGCAUUGGACGACGGCGCUCAGUGAGGCAGUUCCGCGGCCAGUCAGUACGCGUACGGUGACGCAAUUUCUGACGAUUAGCAAACGGGUCGACAGUAUCAUUGUGGCUCAACGACGAAUCAAAACCAUGGCACUGCACGGAUUUCUAGAGUUCUUCCAACGGGAGAAAACCUUCCGACCGAAAAAACGCUUCACACAGGGUACAAUCCGGUACUCGCUGCACAAGCAGGCCAACGCAAGCCUGCAGUCCGGUAUCAAUCUGAAGGAAGUGGUCAAAUUGCCACCGGGGGAAAACAUGAACGAUUGGCUGGCGGUGCAUGUGGUCGAUUUUUUCAACCGAAUCAAUCUCAUCUACGGCACCAUUUCGGAAUACUGCAACGAAACGUCGUGUCCGACAAUGAGCGGGGGCUCAAAGUAUGAGUACCUCUGGGCCGACGGUGGAACGUACAAAAAGCCAAUCCAACUUCCGGCACCCCGCUACAUCGAGCUGCUGAUGGAUUGGGUCGAAAAUCAGAUCAAUACCGAAACGCUUUUCCCCGUGUCGACCGAUGUGCCAUUUCCGAGAGCGUUUCCGACGCUCUGCAAGAAGAUCCUGACCCGAUUGUUCCGGGUGUUUGUGCACGUGUACAUCCACCACUUCGAUCGCAUCUUCAGUAUUGGCGCGGAGGCGCAUGUAAAUACCUGCUUCAAACAUUUCUACUACUUCGUGACCGAGUUCGAGCUGAUGUCAGCGAAAGAACUCGAACCGCUGGCGGUCAUGACUGCUCAGAUGUGCAAAGACUAAUCCAGGUGCGCGCAGGCACUUUUUUCUGUUGCAUGCGGUUAUGUGGAGGACCGUAAGAGGUAGCCUAGGCCCGUGAAGACAAAAGUAAACACCCUCGAGCACGAUGCGGAGCGAAACCAACGCAGGAUGACGACAACAACAAAUGGGCGUUGAACAAACAACCAAAAAUCAACAAACACACUGUACAAACAUCACGCAACGCCCAGGCGCGCGGAGCACAUGAAACGGGUAGCGCGGAAAAGGGGCGCUUCAAACAAGAAGCUAACAACAAUAAUAUCUGUAAUGAUUUAUAAGAAUUUUAAUAAAAAUGACUGUUUGAGAAAGGUAAACAAAAAACUUAGCUUUACUCAACUAUAGGAUACGACGAUGCGUGAAAACGGAAACUCCCGCCGCCACGGCUGGCGCGCCCGCAGCGGCGAGUUGCUACACUGGUACGGCACGCUGGGAGGCAGAACACAUUUCCAUAGCAACCAGCAAACGAGGCAAGAUGCACGAAACCGUUGAAACAAUCACAAACGUGGCCACAAUAAACUCUGUGCAACUCUCUUUAGCUACAACAUCGGGGCGUGUGUACAUUUUUACUUCGCUUUGCUUUACAGGGGUAUUGCUGUUUCCGAACUGAACUUUAAGUUUCGCUUUCUGCAUUUUGUUUGACUGCAGCUGCUACUAGGUGUUGCACACGCAGGGUUCACGGCUUGCUGCUCCAUAACCAACUCGCUGCAUCGCUGCUCUACGAAUGUUUAAAUUCCGCGGAAAUGCUUAGCUUACUUUAAUCGCUUGCAACGGCUCUACCAUUCUCAUUCUCUUCCGGUCCAUCUGUCUAGAGUGCAUCUGGGUAACGCGAUAACGCGACCUAACCAACAAUCAGUCCACAUCCGAGCCGGAACUGGUUUUUGGUGUGGUUCAGAAUGCCACUGAGGGCAAACGUGAACGGCAGUGGCUGCAGUUUUUUCUCUAGCACCGCCCCCACCGUCCAGUUGCUGUCCACCAUUCCGCGGAACACUAGAUCCGACUUUGGCAGGUCAACUUGGUAGCCGAUGGUGGCGACGGCUUCUUGCAUCCGGAAGCUGGUCUCGACUUCCGCUCCAAUUUGAAGCUGCUCGCUUGCACGCUGGUAGUAGCAGAGGUGC